AUGUUUGUAUGGAAAUCUAUCCAAUGUCAUACGUCAGUGCUCGUCUAUGAAAAAUAUCAUGCAAUAAAGGAAUUUAUAAAAAGUGGUUUCCAUAAUCUCAUGAAUAAACAUAACAAUAAUUCUUGUGAUCUACCGCGUAUUGUUAGUCGACUUCCCAUUAAUACCAAGAGAUUAGUGCUCAUUUUAGUUUUAUUAAUGAGAUCAUUAUUCAUCAAAAGAACGAAAUGGAAUUUCCUUUAUUCUCAUCUCAAGUCGUUUGCAGUUAAAAUCGCAUUAAAGACAUUGCUUUUUCUUACACUUUUGAUGAUCAUCCUCAUGUGCUUUCGAAAUAAUUUUAUUGCCUUCGUUCGUCUUUUCUUCUUUACCCUCUGCACCAUCACAAGAAUCACCAAACUUCUUCAUUUAAAUUCCGUAGCAUCAUUGUAUCGUAAAGCAUUACAUAUGUUUAGUUCCCAUUCUCGUUCACUGAAGACAAAUUGUUUUAAGACCAUUUUGGCCAGAGACCCUUGGAAGCUUUGGUUCACUUUUUUUCCACCAAAUUAUCAUGUCAUUUUUGAGCUACAAUAA